AUGCGGAUCUCCUUCCUCCUUCUCACCGCCUCUCUGUGUGCCAUGGUCCUCCUCCUCGCACCUGCCUCGGAGGGCUGCGGGCCGGGGAGGGGGUACGGCAAGAGGCGGCUACCGAAGAAGCUCAUCCCGCUUGCGUACAAACAAUUUAGCCCCAACGUCGCGGAGAAGACCCUGGGCGCCAGCGGGAGACCCGAGGGCAAAAUUACGCGCAACUCCGAGCGCUUUAAAGAACUGACACCGAAUUACAACACAGAUAUCAUCUUCAAAGAUGAGGAGGACACGGGCGCCGACAGGCUCAUGACCCAGCGUUGUAAAGACAAGUUAAACUCUCUGGCCAUCUCAGUGAUGAACAUGUGGCCGGGUGUCAAGCUGAGAGUGACGGAGGGCUGGGAUGAGGAUGGCCAUCAUUCUGAGGACUCGCUGCACUAUGAAGGACGUUCUGUCGACAUCACCACCUCAGACAGGGACAGAAAUAAGUACGCCAUGCUGGCUCGGCUGGCCGUAGAAGCUGGAUUUGACUGGGUCUACUAUGAGUCCAAAGCCCACAUUCACUGUAGCGUCAAGUCAGAACAUUCUGUGGCAGCCAAAACCGGUGGCUGUUUCCCUGGCGAUGCUCUGGUUAUUCUCAAGAGCGGGGCUACGAAACAGAUGCGUGACCUUCACCCUGGCGACCAUGUCUUGGCCUCCUCAACGACAGAUGGUCAUGGCCCCCUUAUCUACAGCCCGGUCUCAUCCUUUCUGGACUACCAGCCCAACAUCACAAAGAUCUUCUACAACAUUGGCACCAACACAGGACUUAAUAUUACUCUCACAGCCGCUCACCUGAUCUUUGUCACAGACUGCAUUGGUGGACUGAGUGAGCCAAACUGGAAAGAGACAGCUGAAGAUCCGCUUUUGUGCUCCAAAAGCUGGGAAGCAGGGCUGAGGACAGUGUUUGCCAGUGAGGUCCGCCCAGGACAGUGUGUACUUACAUCACAAGGGAAAGUGAUGUCACAGGCAUCACUUUCAGUUGUGACCUUAGUGGAAGAACAGGGGGGCACUGGGUUGUAUGCCCCACUAACUCAGCAUGGGUCCAUAGUGGUGAACGGUGUGCUGGCAUCCUGCUAUGCUGCUGUGAACAAUCACCAUUUGGCCCACUGGGUCCUGGCCCCACUGAGGUUCUUCUACAGCCUUAUGGGACCUUCAGAACCGCAGACCGACGGCCUGCACUGGUACCCUUGGCUUCUCCAGAGGCUGGGGCGAACGCUGCUGGGCGCUGAACACUUCCACUCCUGGGGGAAUGAGCAAGGACAUAGAUAG